GCUGAUCUCUGCUGCCCGAUAAAUGUAUCCAGUAUGGACCAUACCCUGGGCAGCUUCUGGGGCCUCUUUUGGACUCUGAUGCUGUUGCAUUUGCCGCUGCAAAGAGUUCAUGGAUUCUUCCCCAACUUCUGGUCUCGGGCCAUGGCUUUUGCGUGGGGCUCCAUUACACACCAAGACAUGACUGAAGAUGCCAUUCUCAGCGUCACCUUGCGGCUUUUCAUGGAGAUGCCUCAUCCCAAGGGGAAGCACAUCCGAGAGGAAGACUUCAAGAACAGAACACUCCUGGCUGAUGACAUCUUUGCAGCUUUCUUUGGUCCGAAGGUAUCAGCCAAGCGUUUUCGUGGGGCCAUUGCUCAGGUGGCCAAUGCCAAUGCCGCCAUGGACUUCCUGAACACUACACGGGACGACCCUGUGCUGCACUUCGAUUCAGAGCUCAUCCACUCUGCAAAUGCCUGGCUAUUGCAAGCUCGCAAGGAGGUCUUGCAAGCCGUGCACUCAGAGCAGUAUGGCAUUGCCCGAGAAAAGUUGGGGCAGCUGCUACAUACGUUGCAG